AUGUUGCCCAAGAAGUUUGAAUAUCAGCCCUAUAAGGGUGAUGAGGUUCGUCAUAUCAGUGCCCAGAAAGCGGUUCUUGAUGAUUUGGUCACUCGAUGCGAUAAAAUCAAAACUAGAUUAGAAGAAGUUCACUUACAGAAUGAUGAGAUUUGGAAGACAUUAGAAGCUGCCGAAAAGACCCUGAUGGAAAUGAUUACAGUUAACGACCAUGAUGUAACUUUGCUGUUCCUCUCAGAAAACCCCCCACCUCCCAAAUCGCCCCACGAAGCAGCUAAACGCAGAGCUGAUCGUUUAGAAACGGAAUCUUACUACCUUAAUAAAUUUAAGGAAUAUACAUUGAGUUGUAACCAACUUGCAAGAUUACAAUCCAAACACAAUGCAAUUCAGAAAUCGACUGGAGAAGUUAUAACUAAUUCUGGAACCAUGACUCGGCCCCCAACAUUACCCCAGAAACCCCGUAAGCGACGAAUUGGACGAACACCCCCAGUAGGGCAACCCAAGUUAUUUGGAGGCAGCUUGGAAGAAUAUAUUGAUAAUACAGGACAAGAAAUUCCACUCAUCAUUCGAAGUUGCAUUCGUGUCAUAAAUUUACACGGGAUGCAUCAUCAGGGUAUAUUCAGGGUAUCCGGAUCGCAAGUUGAAAUAAAUGAAUUUAAAAGUUGUUUUGAAAAAGGUGAAGACCCCUUAAUUGACAUGGUGGAUGCCAGUGACAUCAACUCUGUGGCAGGGGUGCUCAAACUCUAUUUUAGGGAACUACGUGAGCCCCUUUUUCCUCUGCAUUUAUUUGACGAGUUAAUCAAUUGCACCAGAGUCGACGAGGCCCAAACCCGAAUUGACAAAAUAAAGGAGUUAAUAACCACCUUACCACGUUCCAUCUUUAUUGUCAUGAGAUAUCUCUUUGCGUUCCUCAAUCAUUUGUCAGAGUACAGCGAUGAGAAUAUGAUGGACCCAUAUAAUCUUGCUAUCUGCUUUGGACCAACAUUGCUGCCGAUCCCCCCUGACAGGGACCAAGUGAGCUAUCAAAGUAAUGUUAAUGAUCUCAUUAAAACCAUCAUCAUACAUCAAGAAGAUAUCUUCGUCAAUGAUGGUGGUGAAGUAUAUGAGAAAUGGAUUGUUGACAGCAGGGACAAUAUAGAUGGAAAUGAUGAAGAUGAAGUAGGGUCUUUACCAAGUGAUGAAGAAGAAAAUGAUCUGUUUGAAGCUACAGCACUGUAUGACUUUGAGGGCAGAAGUGGACGAGAGUUAUCAUUUAAAAAAGGGGAAACUUUGGUGAUUUUUAAACAAGUAUCCGAUGACUGGUGGGAAGGAUGCUUUAAUGGAAAGGAAGGUCUUAUACCAGACAAAUAUGUAACACUUAAAACUGGUACUCGACAAAAGGAUGGGGCACCCAUACGGGAGGAUAAGCGGAACCACAGCAGUAGUGGAGAGGAAGAUAAGCAUAGUUCUACACAAUCACUGCCUCUUAAACCACCAAUGCGUCAGCUAAGCGAUGACAGUACAACCAAUCAACAGUUAGAAAAGUGUAUGUCUCAACCGAACAUCCUUUUCAAAGAACAGGAAAGGCCGGAAAGACCUGAAAGUCCAAAGACUAUGUCUACAUGUCCAUCAUCACCCAAAAUGUAUACAAAGCUGGAAGCCCCUCCUCUUCCAAUGAUUCGAGAACGGGUUCCUAAAGAACCCGCUAUCGUGGAAGAGAAAUCUGAACCACCUCCCACGAGCAGUGCAGAGGUGGCAGCUAUCGAGGACGCUCUGGCAAAGGUGAUGUCUGGGAUCAAGUCAUUAGAAGUUCAACAAAAAACUGAUAAAAGAAUGAGUCUACCAGCCAUGAAGAAUAAACCAACCCCUAAGCACACGCCCGACCUGGUCCUGGACCUCCCCGAGGGUUCUGAUUCCCCACCCUCCCAGGAAAAUAGUGAGCCUGGUAGCCCCACUGUCAUCAGUGGUGCUGAUGCUUUUGCCAAGUCUAAUCAAAGUACCCUCAAGAAGGGGCAUCAGUUGCUACGUGCAGCAACCACCCUUAAUCGGCACAGUGCUCCCGAGGAGGUACAGCCGCCUGGUGGACUUCUGCAGUCAUCAAUAAAACGAAGCUUCAACACACAGGUGCCUGGUGGACGUAUAUGUCCCAGCCCCAUGCCUCCUGCUGGACUAGCCGAGGCCCCUAGUGACGGGCUUUGCUCAACACCCCCUCCUGUCCCUGAGAAGCCCAAGCCGCCAAUAAAAGCAAAGCCCCCUAUUAUGCGUAAGCCUACAAAGUCUCCAGACCCCCAACGUAAAUUUACCCAGGCUGAGGAAGGAGUUGAAACGUCCACAACUGCAACAAAGCAAUAG